GAACAGCAGAACCGGUGACGGCAAAAGGGCUUCAGCUUGCCUCAGCUCCAAGAAGCAAAAGGUCAAGUACAUGCAGUUUUUGGCUCACAUUUGGAUGUAGACUCUCAGCAAAGGGUCGCAGGUUCAAAGAAAAAUUGGGGCUGCUUCUUUAGAAAGAGCAGAGAAGUGGAGUUGAUGGGUCCCAUUCACUGAACUGGAUUAAAGAGGCUGAGGCUGCGGGUAUAUCAGGUGCCAACAGUGCCUGAUGGGCUGUAGAGUAAGUCUGGCUUGCCUGGGGAAUGAAUUUUGCACAGUACCACUGGAUCGUCAUCAUCAUUUGAUACAAGACGAGGCUGAGAUCAUGAUUCAGGCUGACAAGAGUUCGUCUGGAGGAUUGGCUGUUGGACAAGCUGAGCCAGAAAACCUCGCUUCAAGUUCUCACACUUUCAAAAACAAGACCUUUAAAAAACCCAAAGACUGUAGUAUCUGCAAACAAGCCAUUGACAGCCAAGGCAUUUCCUGCAGAGUUUGCAAGUAUGCCUGCCACAAGAAAUGUGAAGCAAAGGUGGUGAAACCCUGCUUCCUGCCAAUCAACUACGAACUGCCUGAUAACUCUGAGACCUUUAUGAGUCAUGUAACCAGAACUCUGACUAGCUUGAUAACUCCUAACAUGAUACUUAACAUGAUCACAUCUAAAUCCAGUAGCAGCAUUUUGCACUCAGAUUUGCUCUGCGACUCUGCUCUCUACACUUGUGCAGAACUUCCACGAACAUCAGUGCAGAUCUGA